AUGGACUGCAUCACCACGCGUGGACUGGCCUUCAUUGACAAGGCGAGCCGGGAUGAGCUUCUAGGUGGUUUGUCGUUCAGCCUUCUGGAGCAGCUUGAGCUAGAAGUUGAAUAUAAACCUGGAUUCGAGCCAUCAAUAGUGAUGCUGCUGGCAGACUUGCUCCAUUGUUUCCCUAUGGUUUGUGACCUCCGCAUCAAGUUUGUCAAGAAGCACCAAACGCCUUGGAUAGAGUCUUCUAUAGAAAAUGAACCUGGAGUUCAAUUCGACAAGUCUGUCAGUGGCUUCAGGAAUCGCAAAAGCAGGUCAAUGGUUUCAUUAGGCACAGAAAAUGAAGACAACUAUCAGGAUUACGGUGUCACCCCUGGCCUGACUACGGAGCAGUCAUUCAGUUGCCUGCAGAGUCAUCUUAAAAGAGUGAGCUUGCACUUUUCUAUGGACGAACCAAACUGCCUUGGAGUUAAACUGGCCAAGUUCUUUGCUGAGAACGCCAUGGUUCUCCAAGAACUGCAUAUCGAUGUCGGCUGCCACGAAAUGCUGGAGCACGUGAAUUCUAGUGUCCGAAGAUGGAUUGCUAACACAGAUAUAACGGCAAUAACCAGCUGA